AGUUUAUGGUAAGUCCGCGUCCGUUCCUCCCGCCGCACCGCCCGCGUCUGUCGGCUCCGAUCCGCCGCGUGAACCGGGGAUGCUGGGGGAUCCGUGAGGCGCCGGCGCUCACGAGCAUGGUCCAGUCACUACCGGGACAUGAAAGUUGGCCGUCCCUCGUCUUCGCCAGUCAUUAGCAGUGAGCGGGCGGCGGUCCGCUCCGCAUGAGAGGCGCUCCUCCGCUGAAUUUCAGCCGCUUGUGUGAAUUUCCUGACGGCUGAGGAGAAGCAGCCGCAGCCGCAGCAGCAGCAGCAGCAGGGAGCAGAACUAACCAGCAGCGGCCGCUUGACAGGUGCCGUCGCCCGGGUCUGCGGUGGAGGGAUGCCGCCCGUCCAGAGAACCAUGUCAGAUCUUCGUUCCCGGUCGGAGGGUUAUGAAAAGACAGAGGACACAUCAGAAAAGACAUCCUUGGCUGACCAAGAAGAUGCCCGACUGAUAUACCUCAACCAGCCGCAGUUCACAAAGUUCUGCAGCAACCGAGUCAGCACAGCCAAAUAUAACGUCCUCACCUUCCUCCCGCGAUUCCUCUACUCACAGUUUAGGAGGGCAGCCAACGCCUUCUUUCUCUUCAUUGCACUCUUGCAGCAAAUUCCAGAUGUGUCUCCCACGGGUCGCUGGACCACGCUGGUGCCUCUGCUCUUCAUCCUCGUGGUGGCCGCUGUCAAAGAGAUCAUCGAGGACCUGAAACGUCACAAUGCCGACAAUGUGGUCAACAAAAAGGAAUGUCAAGUACUGAGAAAUGGUGCCUGGGAGAUUGUGCACUGGGAGAAGGUGGCUGUUGGGGAAGUAGUCAGAGCUGCAAACGGGGAUCACCUCCCGGCUGACCUCGUCAUUCUGUCGUCCAGUGAACCACAGGGUAUGUGCUACAUUGAAACAUCAAACCUCGACGGAGAAACAAACCUUAAAAUAAGACAGGGCCUCCAAGUGACGGCAGACAUAAAGGAGAUUGACAACCUGAUGCGCCUGUCCGGGCGGAUGGAGUGCGAAAGCCCCAAUCGCCAUUUGUACGAGUUUGUUGGAAACAUCCGGCUGACUGGACACAGCACAGUGCCACUGGGCCCAGACCAGAUCCUGCUGAGAGGAGCGCAGCUGAGAAACACGCAGUGGGUCCAUGGCGUGGUGGUCUACACAGGACACGACACAAAGCUCAUGCAGAAUUCCACUCGGCCUCCUCUGAAGCUGUCCAACGUGGAGCGAAUCACCAACUUUCAGAUCCUGGUGCUGUUUGGCUGCCUGCUGGCCAUCUCUCUGGUCUGCUCCAUCGGCCAAACCAUCUGGAAGUACCAGUACGGCAAUGAUGCCUGGUACAUGGACCUCAACUCUCCAGAUGGCGGGGCUGCAAACUUUGGCCUCAACUUUCUUACCUUCAUCAUCCUGUUCAACAACCUGAUACCCAUCAGCCUACUGGUCACACUGGAGGUUAUCAAGUUCAUUCAGGCAUUUUUCAUCAACUGGGACACGGAUAUGCUGUACGAGCCGACAAACACUCCUGCCAUGGCCCGAACCUCCAAUCUGAAUGAAGAAUUAGGGCAGGUAAAGUACAUUUUCUCUGACAAGACGGGAACUCUGACCUGCAAUGUAAUGCAGUUCAAAAAGUGCACCAUCGCCGGAGUGGCCUACGGUCACGUCCCUGAGCCUGAGGAGGGUAGUUUUACAGAGGACGACUGGCACAGCACACACUCGUCGGACGAGGCUGGAUUUAAUGACCCGAGCUUACUGGAAAACCUCCAAAGUAAUCACCCCACAGCUGCUGUUAUCCUGGAGUUCAUGACCAUGAUGGCCAUCUGUCACACUGCAGUCCCAGAGCGCAUGGAUGGAAAAAUCACCUACCAGGCAGCAUCUCCAGACGAGGGCGCACUGGUGAGAGCCGCACGGAACCUCGGCUUCGUGUUUUCAGGUAGAACUCCUGACAGCGUCAUUGUGGAAAUGCUUGGAACGGAAGAAAAGUACGAACUGCUUCAUGUGCUGGAGUUCACAAGUGUGAGGAAGAGGAUGUCAGUCAUCAUGCGCACCCCAUCUGGGAAGAUCCGCCUUUACUGCAAAGGCGCCGACACAGUGAUCUAUGACCGUCUGGCAGACAGCUCGAGGUACAAAGAGAUCACCCUGAAGCACCUGGAGCAGUUUGCAACUGAGGGGCUGCGCACUCUGUGCUUCGCGGUGGCAGACGUCAGUGAGUCGUCCUAUCAGCAGUGGCAGGAGAUCCACCACAGAGCCUGCACCUCCCUGCAGAACAGAGCCCUGAAACUGGAGGAGAGCUACGAGCUGAUCGAAAAGAACCUGCAGCUCCUGGGGGCCACGGCGAUCGAGGACAAGCUUCAGGAUAAAGUGCCCGAGACCAUCGAGACUCUGAUGAAGGCUGACAUCAAGAUCUGGAUCCUGACCGGGGACAAACAGGAAACAGCCAUCAAUAUUGGACAUUCCUGCAAACUACUGACCAAGAACAUGGGAAUGCUCGUGAUCAAUGAAGACACUUUGGACGCGACGAGGGAGACGCUCAGUCACCACUGUGGAAUGCUGGGAGAUGCCCUCUACAAGGAAAACGACUUUGCUCUCAUUAUCGACGGGAAGACCCUCAAAUACGCCCUGACGUUCGGAGUGCGACAGUACUUCCUCGACCUCGCCCUGUCCUGUAAAGCUGUCAUAUGCUGCAGAGUGUCUCCUCUUCAAAAGUCGGAGGUGGUGGAGAUGGUGAAGAAGCAGGUGAAGGUGAUCACGCUGGCCAUCGGAGACGGUGCUAACGACGUAGGAAUGAUCCAGACGGCUCAUGUCGGAGUGGGAAUCUCAGGAAACGAAGGUCUGCAGGCUGCAAACUCCUCGGACUACUCUAUUGCUCAGUUCAAAUACUUGAAAAAUCUGCUGCUCGUCCACGGAGCCUGGAAUUACAACCGCGUGGCCAAGUGUAUCCUGUACUGCUUCUACAAGAACAUCGUCCUCUACAUCAUCGAGAUCUGGUUUGCUUUCGUUAAUGGAUUCUCCGGUCAGAUUCUGUUUGAGCGAUGGUGCAUUGGCUUAUACAACGUGAUCUUCACUGCUUUGCCACCUCUGACUCUGGGAAUAUUCGAGCGCUCCUGCAGGAAAGAAAAUAUGCUGAAAUACCCAGAACUCUACAAAACAUCCCAGAACGCAAUGGGCUUUAACACCAAGGUCUUCUGGGCCCAUUGUCUGAACGGCCUCUUCCACUCCGUCAUCCUCUUCUGGUUCCCCCUUAAAGCCUUCCAGCAUGAUACGGUUUUUGGCAACGGAAGAACUCCAGACUAUCUCCUCUUGGGCAACAUGGUUUACACAUUUGUGGUCAUCACGGUCUGUCUUAAAGCCGGCCUCGAAACCUCGUCGUGGACGAUGUUCAGUCACAUCGCCAUCUGGGGAAGCAUCGGGCUGUGGGUGGUGUUUUUCAUCAUCUACUCCUCUCUGUGGCCCCUCAUUCCUCUGGCACCCGACAUGUCAGGCGAGGCGGACAUGAUGUUCUCGUCAGGAGUCUUCUGGAUGGGCCUGUUCUUCAUCCCCGUCACCUCGCUGGUCUUUGACGUGGCCUACAAAGUCGUGAAGAAGGCGUGUUUCAAGACCCUGGUCGAUGAAGUUCAGGAGCUUGAGGCUUUAUCCAAAGAUCCUGGAGCAGUGGUGCAUGGGAAGAGUUUGACAGAGAGAGCCCAGCUCCUGAAGAACGUCUUCAAGAAGAGCACAGUCAGUCUGUACCGCUCCGAAUCCAUGCAGCAGAACCUGCUCCACGGCUACGCCUUCUCUCAAGACGAGAACGGAGUGGUGUCUCAGUCUGAAGUCAUCAGAGCGUACGACACCACCAAACAGAGGACCAACGAGUGGUGAGCCGCCGGCCAGCCCGGAGCCGCCGCCGCCGCAGCAGCAGCCGUUUCCCGAGCCUCCAGCACCGAGAGGCGUUUAUGGACAUGAAACGGACAGAGAGUCACGUUGUGUAGUCUUUGAAAAAGGGAGAAGAAAUUAAAAAAAAAACAAGAAAAACACACACACACACAGAAAAACCCCCACACGGAACAAAAGACAACGGUGUUCACUAUCAGCUGUAGUUGUGUGUCCAGCAGACAUGAUGAGCACUGUGCUUUCUUAGCGGUCCGUGGUCUGAAGUUCUUCACUGUUCUCGCUGUGAACGUCUCCUUCCUGUUGAUUUAAGGAAGCUUUUAGCACUGAGCCAAAAUGCCUAAAUAAAUUUUAAAAAAAUUUAAAAAAAAAAAUCAUUAUUGAAUCAAAAUCUUAAAACACUGUUAUUAAAGUCAAAACACUGGACAGCGAGUCGUGGUUGAGGAUUUGAACCUGUGAAGGAUUGCCAAAGAGCAGUCGCGGAUACAAUCGUCCAAGUACUCGUGAAUUCGGAAAA